GGUUGCAUGUAAACAAACAAUUUUUAAAUGAAGUUUUGAAACAGUUUAUAUUUUAAAACCGUUUAAGACGGUUUAAAAUACAAAAAAAUGGGAGUUAAAGACUUAUGGAACAUUAUUUCUCCAUUGUCAGAUAGAAGGCCGUUGUUUGAACUGCAAGGAAAAGCGAUUGCUAUCGAUUUAAGUGGAUGGAUUGUUGAUUCUCAAUCUGUCACUGACAAUGUUGCUCAACCGAAAAUGUACCUUAGGAAUCUCUUUUUCCGAACCGCAUUCCUGCUUAUGCACGAAAUAUCUCCGGUUUUCGUGUUGGAAGGAACAGCCCCCAGUUUGAAGCACAACACGAUAGCUAAAAGGAACGAAAUUCGAAAUGGUCCUUCAGAAAAGAAAACCAACAGAAAAGGAGGAAGGGGUCACUUAAACAGAAUUCUCAAAGAAUGCGAAGAGAUGUUGAAAUACAUGGGAAUAACUUGCGUUCGUGGACACGGGGAAGCUGAAGCAAUGUGCGCUUAUUUAAAUGCAGAAGGGCUCGUGGAAGGAUGUAUAAGUCAAGAUAGCGAUUGUUUUCUCUAUGGAGCGAAAGUCGUGUACCGAAAUUUUUGCACGAGCACACAAGGAAAUCGCGGGACCUCUAGUGGAUGUAUCGACGAAUAUACCAUUGAAAAAAUCGAACGACUUUUCGGAUUAGGAAGAAAUAAAAUGGUAACACUUGCUCUACUUUGUGGUUGUGAUUACGAUGAGGGAUUGAAUGGUGUUGGCAAGGAAGCAGCUCUGAAGUUGUUCAAAGUCGUCAACGAGGAUGAAAUAUUAGAAAGAAUCAAAAGUUGGCGUACUGAUUCUCGAUUCGAGAAGAUGGAAGCUGAAUUAGCAAAUCCUAAUAUCUGCACGACUUGUGGCCACCAGGGAAAAAUGAGAGCGCAUGUAAAAUCUGGAUGUCGAGAUUGUGGCACUCUCACAAAAUGCAACGAUGGCUACAAGGAAAAAAGAGUUUUGAUGUUGAAUGAGAUAUCCAUAAGAAAAAAGGCACUCCUUGUUGAGAACUUUCCUAGCCAAGAGCUGAUCAACGAAUUUCUUUAUCGUAAAGAUCCAAUGCCUUCCAGUUUAGACCUUCAGUGGAAACAACCUCAGAUUCUCAAAUUCGUUAAUUUCAUGGAGCGACACGUAGCUUGGGAUACAGAAUACGCCUAUGCAAAAAUCCUACCCAUACUAACUCGAUGGCAGAUUCGCCACCUCGCAGAAAUUCCCGACGAGAGACGUAUAUCCCUGUCGGGUUUGUUGAUUCCAGGGAGGAUAAAGAAGCCCCGAAACAUUAAGAGUGUAGCAAGCUACGAAAUCGUCUGGAAGGAUGAAGAACGUCUCUUCGAGGGAAUGACGUUAACCUCCAUAUCUGACAAGGAAAACGAUUGUGACGAGCCUGCAAAACCAGCAGAACUUGCGACCCUGGAACCCCAGCAUCUAUUCGAAAAAUGUUACCCCCUUUUGGUAGAAGAAUUCGAGAAUGCGAAAUUGGCGAAAAAGAAGAAACCUGCGAAGCCACGGGCGAAAAAGGUUAAAGCUGUUCAGGAGGACCUUGGGGAAAAGAAGGUAGAGAUUAAAAAAGCACAGAGACGACCACGAAAACCUAAAGCAACAGAAAAUGAAAAAAAUAGAAAAAUUGUCGAAUUUAUCGAAACCAAUCGGCCGACUUUUGAAGAAUCAUUCGAGGCGAUGACAAUCACUCCCAAAAGGAAGAAAAAGAAUGAUGAUGCCACGGAGGCAGAAAUAAAGAGACUGAUUGCGAGUGGUGUUAAAAAAAGAGGACCUCAGUUUGAUAAAGUGCAAGAAACUGAACGACUAGAUCAUAUUUUAAACGGUUCACUUUUGAGAAUGUUUGACGAACUUACACCAGAAGAUUUUCCAAGUGAUUGUGAUAGUGAGAUGGAUAUGUCGCAUAUUGUCGAAGGAAUAUGUAGCAAUCAAGCACUGAAUCUUAGUUUUAAAAGCAAUCAUUGUCUAGAUAAGGAAAAAGUUUUAGGCCCACAUGAUUCCAUGCAUUAUAAGGAGAGUUUCGAAGCAGUUAUAAAACCCAAAGUGAAUUUAAGAAGUGUAGAUGACCUGCAAAAAUCAAUAGAUGCGCUUCUUGGCAAAUCGAGUAGCGAGGAGUCCAAAGACGAAUUUGAAUUCAUGAGUCGCUCUUUACAACGUUUAUUAAUCGGUCAAAAAGACACCCAAUCUUCUAAAACAGCACGACCUUGUUUGUACAGAUCGCCAAAUGUUUUUGUUAAAAAGAAAAAACCCAAGAUGAAAUUCGAUUUAAAUAAUUUUACAUAUAUACCUGUUGAAAAAGAUGAAAAGUCUUGUAAAGAUGUAAGUUCGGCAGAUGGUCUUUGGAAUUCUCCUAAAAUUGCUGAUAUCUCUAAAUUCAAAGUCUCGAAACCGAACUUUAAUUUGGAUAGAUUAGAUAUUGAUAAAUGCACAUUUGCAAGUCUUCAAUUUGUUCAAAAUCCAAUAGAAAAUGAACAUGAAAAUAGUAUUCGAAAACCAAGUGUUUUUGAUUUUACUAGAUUAGAGAUGGCAGAACAAAAUAGUUACACAGAUAAAUUAAAUUUCAAGGACCUUUCUUAUGAACGUCUUCGAUUCGAUCCAAAGCCAUUGGAGCGUCAAAUUUUUGAAAAGAGUACUCAAAAUUCGUCUAUUUUUAAUAUUUCGGAAUUCAUAUUGAAAGAUCAGGAAAAGAAUGAUCAACUAGAUGAUGUAAAUUCCACUUUUGAACGACUUCAGAUUGUUCCGACUUUUGAGAAUGAUUGCAAGAAUCUAGAAAAUAAUACUAAAGGGGAAUAUGAGGACAAAGCAGGUGAUAGUGUUAAAAAGUCUGACAAUGAUUGCAAGAAUGCAGAAGAAAAUAGUCAGAAAAUCAAUAUUUUUGAAAGUAUUAAAUUAAUAAUUCCAGAAGAGAAUGAAUUUACGGACGAAUCUGAUCUCUUCGAUUCCACUAUUGAAUCUUCUCGGGACCUUCAAAGUCCCGCAAUGGAUUUAAAAAACAUUCAAAGCAGUAUUCGGAAAUCAAUUAUAAAUGAAUCUAUCAAACGCUCAGAAAAUAACGAUUCGGUAGAUGAAUUUGAUUUAUUAGUUUCUACUCACGUGCCUCUAAAUAAGAGAGUAACAGAAUUACAAGAACCAGUGAGGAGUUCAACUCCUGAUUAUAUCAAUGCACCUCAAAAAAAGUUUAGCUUCGGCAUCGACGAUCUUUUAAAUGACACGGAAUUGUGAGUUUUAUAAUUAUAGUCUAGAAUUUUUAAAUCAAUUGGCAAUUUUGAUUUUUUUAUAAGCGGUUGAUCCGAAUUUUUGUAAUGAA